CGGGCUAAGCGUACCGGAAUGGGGCUGAGGUCAGCGGCACCGCGGCCCACAGCUCAGGCGGCAGGGCGCGCCCCACCCGGCUGCCGGGCGGAGCCAGGGAUGCCGGCCUCUGUCGCGCGGCCCCGCCCGGGUCCCGGGCCGUCUCCCGCCUCGCCCUUUCCGCUGCUGCUGCUGGUGAUGCUGAGCGGCCGGGUGUCCGGCCGCGUCCCGCGCUCGGUACCCAGAACAUCGCUUCCCAUCUCUGAGGCAGACUCCUAUCUCACCCGGUUCGCUGUCCCUCAGACAUACAAUUACUCUGUUCUCCUUGUGGAUCCUGCUUCCUACAGACUUUAUGUUGGCGCCCGGGACACGAUCUUCGCUUUAUCCCUGCCCUUCUCGGGGGAGAGACCCCGCAGGAUUGACUGGAUGGUUCCUGAGGCUCACAGACAGAACUGUAGGAAGAAAGGCAAGAAAGAGGAUGAAUGUCACAAUUUUGUCCAGAUUAUCGCCAUUGCCAAUGCCUCUCACCUCCUCACUUGUGGCACCUUCGCUUUUGAUCCGAAGUGCGGGGUUAUUGAUGUGUCCAGUUUCCAGCAGGUUGAAGGACUUGAAAGUGGCCGGGGGAAAUGUCCUUUUGAGCCAGCUCAGCGUUCAGCAGCUGUAAUGGCUGGGGGGGUCCUCUAUGCUGCCACUGUGAAAAACUACCUGGGGACGGAGCCAAUUAUCACCCGGGCUGUGGGUCGUGCUGAGGACUGGAUUCGGACAGAGACCUUGUCAUCCUGGCUUAACGCUCCAGCCUUUGUUGCAGCCAUGGCCUUGAGCCCAACUGAAUGGGGAGAUGAAGAUGGAGACGACGAAAUCUACUUCUUCUUUACGGAGACUUCCCGAGCAUUUGACUCAUAUGAGCGCAUUAAGGUCCCGCGGGUGGCCCGUGUAUGUGCGGGGGACCUCGGGGGCCGGAAGACUCUCCAACAGAGGUGGACAACGUUUUUGAAGGCUGACCUUCUGUGUCCAGGGCCUGAGCAUGGCCGGGCCUCUGCUGUCCUGCAGGACGUGGCUGUGCUUCGACCUGAGCCUGGAAUGGGGACCCCUAUCUUUUAUGGCAUCUUUUCCUCCCAGUGGGAGGGGGCUGCCAUCUCUGCUGUCUGUGCCUUCCGACCACAAGACAUUCGGAUGGUGCUGAAUGGUCCCUUCAGAGAGCUAAAACAUGACUGCAACAGGGGACUGCCUGUCACGGACAAUGAUGUGCCGCAGCCCAGACCUGGAGAGUGCAUCACUAAUAACAUGAAGCUCCGGCAGUUUGGCUCGUCUCUCUCCCUGCCUGACCGUGUGCUCACCUUCAUCCGGGACCACCCACUCAUGGACAGGCCAGUGUUUCCAGUUGAUGGCCACCCCCUGCUGGUCACCACGGAUACAUCCUAUCUCAGAGUUGUGGCACACAGGGUGACCAGCCUCUCAGGGAAAGAGUAUGAUGUGCUCUACUUGGGGACAGAGGAUGGACACCUUCAUCGAGCAGUACGGAUUGGAGCCCAGCUCAGUGUCCUCGAGGAUCUGGCCUUGUUCCCAGAGCCACGGCCAGUUGAGAACAUGAAAUUAUACCAAGGCUGGCUCCUGAUUGGCUCUCGUACCGAGGUGACCCAAGUGAACACAACCAACUGUAACCGUCUCCUGAGCUGCUCAGAGUGCAUCCUGGCCCAAGACCCUGUCUGUGCCUGGAGCUUCCAGCUGGAUGAGUGUGUGGCCCAUGCCAGGAAGCACCGAGGGCUGGUCCAAGACAUAGAGUCAGCAGAUGUCUCUUCUCUAUGUCCCAAAGAGCCUGGAGGACACCCAGUAGUGUUUGAAGUUCCUGUGGCUACAGCUGCACAUGUGGUCUUGCCAUGUUCCCCAAGCUCGGCAUGGGCAUCCUGUGUGUGGCACCAACCUGGUGGAGUGACUGCCCACACACCCCGGCGGGAUGGGCUAGAGGUGGUGGUGACCCCAGGGGCCAUGGGCGCUUAUGCCUGUGAAUGUCAGGAGGGUGGGGCAGCCCGUGUGGUGGCGGCUUACAGCUUGGUGUGGGGCAGCCAGCAGGGCCCCUCGAGCCAGGCCCACACAGUGGGGGCUGGACUGGCUGGCUUCUUCCUAGGGGUUCUUGCAGCAUCCCUUACUCUCCUCUUGAUUGGUCGGCAUCAGCAGCAGCGGCGACAGAGGGAACUUCUGGCUAGAGACAAGGUGGGCUUGGACCUGGGGGCCCCACCAUCUGGAACCACAAGCUACAGCCAAGAACCUCCCUCCCCGUCUCCUGAAGAUGAGCGGCUUCCCCUGGCCCUGGCCAAGAGGGGCAGUGGCUUUGGUGGCUUCCCUCCACCCUUCCUGCUUGAUCCUUGCCCAAGUCCAGCCCACAUUCGGCUAACUGGGGCUCCUAUAGCCACGUGUGAUGAAACGUCCAUCUAGAGCUGGGCAAAUGGCCACUAGUGUAUGAGUUAUCACUGGAAUGAAGUAACCAUUGAAAUGCCGGUGGUCACUGGGCCUGGAAGACUGCUAUGGCCUCUCUGUUCUCUUUGAGUCUGAGUGAUGACUUAGACCUCAGUGUCUGCCCUCUCCAGGCCUGGAUGGGCUUGGGGCCAGACCCUUGCCUGAUUGCUGAUUCCCAUGAGAGAUUAGAACUGCUCUCUGCAGCAAAUUGGGGCUUCCUCCACAUCUGAACCCCUUCAGUCCUGGCCCCCUAUCUUGGGCCCAUUAGUUUUGGGGAUGGGGCACAGUAAAUAGCUAUGACUUUGCUUUCUCGUUGGGCCCUGUCCAGAACGAAGAGCCGUGAAGAUAGUUUGGGGCUAAUGUGCACUGAGUCCUUGGGGUGGUUUUGCCAAUUCUCCUGGUUUUUCUGAUCCUCUGUGGGGAGUGCAUGAUCCCCAUGUUGCAACAUGGAAUUUCUGCCCUGAAAUCUCCCCCAUCCCAGUUUUUCUUCUUCUGUGAAAGAGUGUGUGUAAAUACAUGGGUGUUCAUGGGAGACCUGGCCACAUGUGGAUGAAUGGCUGGGCCUCUGCUUAGGUGUAUUUAUGGGGGGUAUGGAGGGGGAAAGUUGGAUGGGGACAUUGCCUACAGAACUUUAGACUCUGUAGCCAGUGAGGGAAUGGCUUUCCCUUCUAAAAGGAAGUAAAACACUGCCCCUCUCCCCGUUGUCUCAUACCCCUUCUCUAGAUUUGAGUAGAGAAAAGCUCCCAAUGUGACCUUUUGGAUGGGAAAGGCAGUGGUAUAUGUGACCCCAUCCUUUCUUUGUUUUGCCUUCUGGCUGCUGCCACUGCCAUGCAACAGCUGCUGUUUCUCUGGCUGGAAUGCAGGCUGAACUCCCUUUCCUUGACUCUUUAAAAAUUAACUUCACGACAUUCUAAAUAUUAGGGGAUGACAAAAGGGGAGCAUUCACAGGAAAUGCAGCAUAAAGACAGGUUUGCAUCAGUGACUUGACUUAGGGUGACAUCCUUGCCCUAAAGCAAGAGUCCCCCACCUAGGGUCCAUGGACUCCCUGGAAUUAUAUGUGAAAUGUCUGUACAUGUGUGUCUGUAUUUUUCUGUGGGGAGGUUUUAUGGCUUUCAUCAGAUUCCCAAGGCCUUAACAGAGUUAAAAGACCACUGUCCCAGAUCACUGCACUUUGGCCAAGCUGAGAUAGUGCCUCUCCGUGGCAGCUCUUCCUGGCCUCUCUCCACCUGACUUCUCUUCACUUGCCCUGUGGCCAGUCUUUGGACUUGUAUCUUCUGGAUCCCUUCUUCUUUCUCCAGCCCUGGAAUCUGGGCUCUGUGUGGAUUUGAAGACACUGUCAGCUUAGCAAAUGUUGACCUCUUUCUGCUUCACAGCUCUCACGCGCUCUAGGCUUCUGCUCAGUCCUGGUGGUGGCCUGUGAAUGUGCCUGUUUCAUCCCCGGUGAGGGACCCCCUCAAGCUCCAUUGAAUAAUCCAGCCCUUCCCAGUUGAAGUUUUCUGCUCUACUUUCCUUGACAGCAGCCUGUGAACUACUCAAAAGAGUCCCCUUGGGUUUGGAAUUAUCAGUGUCUUUGCCACUAAUAAGUGUGUGAUCUUCAGCAAGUGACCUAACCUAGGGACAUUGGUUUGCUAAUCUUUAAAGUGGGGAUAAUAAUACCUACCUCAGGGUUGCUGCAAGGGUUAAAUGAGAAAAUGUGUAAACAAUAAAGCACUAUUUACACCAA